AUGCCAGACGAAUUAAAUGGUGCAGCUUGGUUAUCCAAACUAGAUUUGCGUUCCGGGUACCAUCAAAUUCGUAUGUGGGACGCUGACAUCCCAAAGACGACAUUUAGGACACACGAAGGGCACUACGAAUUCCUGGCACUCAUGAACGACAUCUUCCGCCCUUAUCUGCAUAAGUUUGUCCUUGUGUUUUUUGACGAUAUAUUGGUAUAUAGUCGAACUUUGAAGAAACAUGUCCAUCACUUAACCACUGUGUUUGAGGUGUUAAGGGUUGCUCAGCUUAAGGUGAAGGCUUCUAAAUGCACAUUUGCUCAGCCCACUGUCGAUUAUUUGGGUCACACCAUAUCUGAAGCAGGCCCAAGGCCUGAGACAGUAAAAGGAUUGCGUGGUUUUCUGGGGUUGGCGGGUUAUUACUGCAAAUUCGUUCAUCACGUUAGUACAAUUUCCAAGCCCCUAACAGAUCUUUUGUGCAAAGACAGCUUCCAUUGGAACCCAGCAGUAGAGUCUGCCUUCCAAGCCCUCAAAACUACCUUGACAACCACCCCUGUCCUUCGUCUCCCAGACUUCUCCAAACAAUUUGUUGUGGAAUCUGAUGCCUCGAACAAUGGGGUUUGUGCCAUUUUGUCCCAAGAGUAUCGAUCGAUAGCAUAUCUUAGCAAAUCUUUUUCCGAAAAGCAUCGCUCUUUAUCGGUUUAUGACAAGGAGAUGCUGGCAGUGGAACAAUGGCGACCAUACUUGUUGGGUCGGGAAUUUAAAAUUGUCACAGAUCACCAAACCAUCAAGCACUUUUUGGAACAACGCAUAACCACCCCCAUUCAAGAAAAAUGGAUGCUUAAAUUACUUGGGUACAACUAUGAAAUCGAAUAUCGUGUUGGGUGCAAAAAUGCUGGCCCUGAUGCUUUGUCCAGGAAGUCAGAAUUAUUGGCUAUUAUGGGUUUAUCCACUCCUAUUUUUGAUUGCAUCCCACAGAUUCAACAAGAUUAUACUUCCGACAAUGAAGCUCAGCAACUUAUUUGCCUCCUCCAAGCUGAUCCUACCGCCAAACCCCAUUAUUCAUGGCAGAAUAAUUGCCUCUAUUACAAAGAGCGCAUCUUUGUCCCUGCUUCUUCUAAAUGGCGUACCAUGAUCUUGGAGGAAUUUCACUCCACUCCAAUGAGGGGACACUCGGGACAACUACGCACAUACAAGCGCAUACUCCGUAAUUUUCGCUGGCCGGGGUUGAGGAAAGAUGUGCAAGCAUUUGUGGCAGCUUGCGACACUUGCCAGGGCCAAAAUUAUGAAGCUUUACAUGCACCCGAGUUGCUCUAG